UUGUGUUCUAAAGGGCCGCUGAUCGGUCUCGCGUUCGAGAAGGGAAUCUUCAAAGAACUUCAAAGUUUUCGCGGCGAGGCGUGGACAAUUAAAACCCUCCUGAAAGGAGUGUGACGGAGAACUCGCGCUUCCAGAGCAAACAAAUCCUCGAAAGCGAAGUUAGGAAAGUCUGUCUCUCGGGAAUGGCGAUUUUGUGAUGAUCCGUGCCCCCGGUUUCCCUCUAGAUCUGCUGGACUGGAAUAGGAACUACCCCCGAAACACACAUGGUACAAUCCAAUGCACCUUUUGAUCAUUCCAGCAGAAGCAGAGACGGACUGAGAGCAACAUUUCGAGGCUCUCGCUGGAGUUGUCCGUACUUGAGCUCAGCCCGCAACCGAGCGGGAUCUCAGACAGGGGCUUGAACGAUGGUUUUGAAAGAGUUAUUAAUGUAAUUGAGUCGCUCGAUACUUCAGAGAAACAUUCGCGAAAGAGGAUUCUUCACGAUGAGGCUCGCUGCGGUGCUUUGUGGCAGCCUUUUAACUUUCACGCUCCUCGCCAAAGGUGUUUUGAGCGCCGCCGAAUGCUCGUGUGGAAAGAAUCACUUCACGUGUGCGGUCAGUGCGUUUGGCGAGUGUACGUGUAUACCAGCGCAGUGGCAGUGUGACGGAGACAACGACUGUGGAGAUCACAGCGAUGAAGACGGCUGCAUAUUGCCCACAUGUUCACCGCUGGACUUUCACUGUGAAAACGGCAAAUGCAUCCGCCGCUCGUGGUUGUGCGACGGAGACAACGACUGCGAGGACGACUCCGAUGAACAAGACUGUCCUCCGCGAGAAUGUGAGGAAGACGAGUUUCACUGUCAGAAUGGCUACUGCAUCCGCAGCCUGUGGUACUGCGAUGGGGACAAUGACUGUGGAGACAACAGUGACGAACAGUGCGAUAAGAGGAAGUGCUCUGAUAAGGAGUUCCGCUGCACUGAUGGAAGCUGCAUCGCUGAACACUGGUACUGUGACGGAGACUCUGACUGCAAAGACGGAACUGAUGAAGAGAACUGCCCUUCUGAUGUGAUGACGGCCACGUGCAGCGUUGAGGAGUUCCAGUGUGCGUACGGACGCUGCAUUCUGGACAUUUACCACUGCGAUGGAGACGACGACUGCGGAGACUGGUCUGACGAGUCCGACUGCUGUCUUGACAAGUUCCUGCUUUUUGCCCGAAGGACGGACAUCCGUCGGAUCAGCUUCGACACCACAGAGCAGCUGGACGCCGUCAUCCCGUUGGCGGACGUCCGAAACGCAGUGGCUCUGGACUGGGACUCUCUGGACAGCGAGAGCUUCAUCUACUGGACAGACGUCACCACCGACUCUAUCAACCGCGCACUGUGGGACGGCAGCAAACAGGAGGUUGUGGUGGACACGAGUCUGGAGAGUCCCGCAGGGCUGGCUAUCGACUGGCUCACACACAAACUCUACUGGACUGAUGCAGGCACUGAUCGUAUUGAGGUUUCGAACACAGAUGGAAGCAUGAGGACGGUUCUGAUCUGGGAGAAUCUGGAUCGUCCACGAGACAUUGUUGUUGAUCCGAUCGGAGGAUUCAUGUACUGGACAGACUGGGGUGCGAAUCCUAAAAUCGAGCGUGCAGGAAUGGACGCAUGGAACCGUACAGUGAUCAUCUCCUCUAAUCUGACCUGGCCUAAUGGACUGGCUAUCGAUUACAGCACUGAGAGGCUGUACUGGGCCGACGCCAGCGUUAAAACCAUUGAGUAUGGCAACUUUGACGGGUCAGGCAGACAGGUGUUGAUUGGCAGUCAGCUGCCUCAUCCGUUCGGCUUGACUCUUCAUGAAGACAGAAUUUACUGGACCGACUGGCAAUCCAAGAGCAUUCAAAGUGCGGACAAACUUACAGGAUUAGAUCGAAAAACACUGGCGGAAAACCUUGAGAACCUGAUGGACAUUCACAUGUUCCACAACCACAGAACAAAAGUCCAGACGGGGUGUUUGGUGAAUAAUGGCGGCUGCAGUCACCUUUGCCUUCUGGCUCCGGCUCCUAAAUCCUGGAGCUGCGCCUGUCCCACCGGCAUCAACCUGCAGGCGGACGGGAAGACCUGCGCACACGGUCUGAUGACCACUGAUGGUCUGGCUGUGGAUUCAGUGGGCAGGAAAAUCUACUGGACAGACACCGGCACAAACCGCAUUGAAGUUGCUAAUCUCAACGGCUCCAUGAGAAAAGUGCUGGUGUGGCAGAACCUGGACAGCCCUCGUGCCAUCGCUCUCUACCAUGAGAUGGGAUACAUGUACUGGACAGACUGGGGUGAACAUGCCAAGCUGGAGAGAUCCAGUAUGGAUGGGUCGGAUCGUGUGGUUCUGAUUAAUAAUAAUCUGGGCUGGCCGAACGGACUGGCUGUCGAUAAAGCAGGCUCUCAGCUGCUCUGGGCUGAUGCUCACACUGAGCGUAUCGAAGCGUCGGACCUGAACGGCUCGAACCGCAGGACUCUGGUGUCUCCUGUCCAGCAUCCGUACGGUCUGACCGUCCUGGGCUCUCACAUGUACUGGACAGACUGGCAGAGCCGCAGCAUUCACAGAGCAGACAAAAACACAGGAGAAAACGCCAUCAUCAUCCGCUCCAGUCUGCCCGGACUCAUGGACAUACAGGCUGUGGACCGCACCGCAUCAGCUGGACUGAAUAAAUGCGGCCGGAGGAACGGCGGCUGCUCUCACCUGUGUUUGCCGCGGCUCAACGGGACGUCCUGCGCAUGUCCAACCGGCGUCCUGCUGAAGGCGGACGGACGCUCCUGCGAGGAUCUGCCUGAAACAUACCUGCUGUUCUCCAACCGCGUCAGCGUCCGCAGGAUCUCUCUGGACACACACGACCACACGGACGUGUUCGUGCCGGUGGCAGAACUGCAGAACGUCAUCUCACUGGACUAUGACAGCGUGGAGAGGAAACUCUACUAUACUGACGUCUCGCUGGACGUCAUCAGACGGGUGAAUCUGGACGGCAGUGAUAUGGAGACGGUGAUCAGUUCAGGUUUGAAGACCACUGAUGGGCUGGCUGUGGACUGGGUCGCUCGAAACAUGUACUGGACUGACACAGGACGAAACACCAUUGAAGUGGCUCAUCUAGAUGGGACAUCACGGAAAGUUCUGGUCAACAAUAGUCUGGAUGAACCCAGAGCCAUCGCUGUGUUCCCCAGCAAAGGGUUUUUGUUCUGGACGGACUGGGGUCACAUAGCGAAGAUUGAGCGAGCGUUUCUGGACGGCACAGACCGUAAAGUCCUCAUCAACACUGAUCUGGGCUGGCCGAACGGUUUGACGCUGGACUACGACACUCGCAGGAUCUUUUGGGUGGAUGCGCACUUGGACCGCAUAGAAAGCUCAGACUUGAAUGGAAAACUGCGUCAGAUCCUCAUCAGUCCCGUUUCUCACCCGUUUGCCCUCACGCAGUUGAAACCGGUGUACUCUCCUUUAACCCCUUUUUCCCGAAUCUCACAGCAAGAGCGCUGGAUUUACUGGACGGACUGGCAGACCAAGUCUAUUCAGCGUGUAGAUAAGCAUACGGGCCGCAGUAAGGAAACUGUGCUGGCCAAUGUAGAGGGGCUGAUGGACAUUAUAGUGGUGUCUCCACAAAGACAGAGCGGCACGAAUCACUGCGCUGCGAAUAACGGCGGCUGCACACACCUGUGUCUCGCUCGCAGCAACAGCUUUAUCUGUGCCUGUCCUGAUGAGGCAGACAGCAGACCCUGCUCUACCAUUGCAGGUCACGUUCCCGCUUCACCUGAGAAAGACACGACAGGAACUCAAACCCCCAGAAAACAGGCCACCGAGAAACCCCACCAGGGCCUGUCACUAGUCAACUGUACGGAAAUGAAUCUCAGCCUGGAGGACUGCUUCCAGAACAGUGUGAUAUCUGCACCUCGCGAUGAGAGUCCUCAUAUCAGCUACGUGAUUGGUGGAGCUCUGUCAAUACUGGCCAUCCUCAUCCUCAUCGCUGCCUUCAUCAUUUACAGACACAAAAAGUUCAAGUUUGCAGAUCCCGGCGUGAGUAACCUGACCUACAGCAACCCUUCAUACAGAACCUCCACGCAGGAGGUGAAGAUCGAGACCGCACAGAAACCUGCGAUAAACAGCCAGCUGCGCUAUAAGAAAGAGGUUCAGGGUGUGGUGGACGGAGGCUACACUAAGGAGAAGAUCCGCAUUGUGGAAGGAGUGUGUCUGCUGUCGGGAGAGGAUCUGUACUGGGAAGACUUGCGGCAGCUGAAGGCGUGCAGAGGGUCUGGUCUCCACAACUGCAUGCGCACUGAAACCGUGUCUCUGCAGGCCAGCUCAGCGUCUCUGAACGAUGGAGAAACAGAGCAGCUCCUGCAGGAGGGAGAUCAUCAGUCUGAGUGCUCCAGCAUCAGCACCACUGCACAUCACAACACACAUCCAGACACCGGCUGGAGACACCAGCGUAAAACCUCCACCGAGAGCCAGGUCUGAGGGACACACAAUUACACACACAGAAACUUGUUCUUAUAUCCUUGUGGGGACUAACGUAAUGAUGUUUCCAGUAUACAAUCCAUAUAUUCUCUCUCCUAAAAACCCCCAACCCUCAACAAUCUGCAUUUUCAUAUUAUAUUUUCAUUAAUACUUCAUUCUGUGUGAUUUAUACCAGUGUUUCUCAACCCUGUUCCUAAAGGCAAACCAACAGUACACAUUUUCAACCUCUCCUUAAUCAAACACACCUGAAUCAACUCACCAAAACAGCCUGAAAUGAAUGGGUCAGAUAAGGGAGACAUCCAAAAUAUGUACUGUUGGCGUGCCUUCAGGAACAGGGUUGGGAAACACUGAUUUAUACGCAUGUUUAGCCAUUGGGGAUCUCAAUUUUAGUCCCCACGGUGACACAAGUCCCCAUGAGUCUGUCUGCAUUCCGGUGCCCACUUGGAUAUAAAAACAAGUACACAUACAGACAGCAGCGGUAAAACAUUUGGGAUCAUGAGAUGCUGUUAAAAGGAGAACGAGGAUACUUGCAUUUGAUCUAAAAUACUGUGCAAUUGUCUAAUGUUAUUGCUGUUUGAAGGAAAUGCUUGCUUAGUGAAUGUAGAUUCAGUUGUAAUUUAUUACUGCGGAUUUUCAGCAGUCUUCAGUGUCAAGCGAUUUCUUUCCGAAAUCAUUAUAGUGUGGGGAUCUGGUGUUCAAGAAAUUAUUAUUAUUAAUGUGACGUUGUUGUUAAUGAUAAUAAUA